CUAGGGUCUCAUUGUUGAUUUAAUAUCAGGACAAAAUGCUUAAGCUUAAGAUAAUAUUUUUAUUUUCAUGGUUUCUAUGUUAUGUGUGUGAUUUUAAUUCCGUUGAUUCUGCAAUAUAUAUGCCAAAUGCAGUCAAAGGCGGAUUAAGCUUCCGGAAUUGUAACAGCACGCCUGUACCCCUCACCUUUGAGCAUGUUGACAUUCAACCCGACCCCGUGCAAAUGGACCUUGGCUACGUCAAUCUCAGUAUGAAUGCAACACUCACGAAGAUGAUUGGUAAUUCGAGCAAGGUUGAUGCCAGUUUGAGCAUACGACUGAAGACAGAGCACGGUGAAACGGAGCUUUGCUAUAUUCUUGGAGAGAAAUGUUACUUUUCUGACGUUUGCCACUGGUCAAGUCAACGCUCAACGUCCCAACGUGACUAUUGCAGUAUUUUCUGGAACCUUACCGAGGACUAUUGA